AUGAAUAUUGAUGAGUUAGUAACAAGAGCACAGUCAGCUGAUAAACUCACUAGAGAGGCUGCAGAGACACAAUUGUUACAAUGGUGCGACUCGAAUGCAUCUCAAAUGUUUACAGCAUUGGCGAACGUAGCUCUGCAGCACCAAUCUCCUCUGGAAUCCAGACAAUUUGCAUUAUUGUCGUUAAGGAAACUGAUUACCAUGUAUUGGAGCCCUGGAUUUGAAUCGUAUCGUUCUACAUCGGUUGUUGAAGUAAACGUAAAAGAUUUCAUCCGAGAAGUACUAUUGAAAUUAUGCUUAAAUGACAACGAAAAUACUAAAAUAAUAAACGGUGCAUCUUAUUGUAUCGUCCAGAUAUCUGCUGUUGAUUUUCCAGACCAAUGGCCCCAACUUUUAACAGUUAUUUAUGAUGCUAUCUCACAUCAACACUCAUUAAACGCGAUGUCUCUAUUGAAUGAAAUAUACGAUGACGUCGUUUCUGAAGAAAUGUUCUUUGAAGGCGGGAUUGGUUUGGAGACAGUGCAAAUCAUUUUCAAAGUACUUGCUACAGAUACAUCUACUCUCGUAGCUAAAUUUGCAGCUUUGAAAUUAUUCAAAGCAUGCCUUUUGCAAAUGAGUUCCCACAAUGGAUAUGAUGAGGAAUCACGAAAAAGUUUUAUCUCGCAAUGCUUAUCAACUUCUUUACAACGGCUAGGGCAAUUGUUGACUAUGGGUUUUCACAGCGAAAAUGUUGUUUCCCAGUUGAAACUUAAAUCCAUUAUAUACGAGAAUCUAGUGUUGAUUAAAAAUGAUUUUUCUAAAAAUCAUUUCUCAAUCGACUUACAAAAACAGUUUAAAAUAGUGACAGUCCAAGAUUUGAACAAUAUUGCCCAUUUAGAUACAAAUGGAAACUCUAUUGAAUAUGAAAGUAUUUCAGAAGCGGUUCACGAUGGUUCUAUUUAUAUUGUAGAAUUUUUGACUAGUGUGUGUACGGUACCAUUUGGUUCUGAAGAAGUAGACAUAAUUAUAAGAUCUUUGACCACUCUGUGUCAAGUAAAUUCUGAAAUAAUGGAGCUGUGGAUAAGCGAUUUCAAUACCUUUGUGUCUAAGGAAACAGGGUUGGCUGCGUCGUAUAAUGUCAGAGAUCAAUCCUCUGAGUUUCUUAUCUCACUGUCAAACCCGCUGUUAUCUUUGAUUUUUAGUGUUAUUUCUAAGGAUAUUGAGCGCAACACUUACGAUAAUCAAAUUUUAGAAUCUCUUCUAUAUUUAUUACAAAGCGUUUUGCUCAAUGAUGAUGAAAUAACUGAUCAAAAUCUCGAUGAAUCCUUACAGACAUUAAUAAAAACUUUCCAGAAUGUACUAGUAUCACCAGAAGUAAAAGAGUUGACAUUGGCGCGCGCAAUUUUAGUUAUUCCCAAAGUGCUAGAUAAGUUUAUUGAUGUCUUGCCUGAUAUAAAAUCCUUGACAUCCAAAUUCUUGACAAAAAGUCUAGAUUUGGCACUAAAACAUGAUAAUGAACUUAUCAAAUCUGCAGCAUUAAUAGCAUUUACCUAUUAUUGUUACUUUGCAGAACUAGAUUCAGUUCUUGGGCCAGAUGUUUGCUCAGAAAUCCAAGGAAAAGUUAUUCAAAUAAUCAACGAUAUUAAUAGUGAUUCCGAAGAAGACACUAAUGGGGCUAUAAUGGAAGUAUUAAGUCAAGUAAUCAGCUAUAACCCCAAAGGAUUGGAUUCUAAGGAAGAAAUUUUACAAGCAGAAUUUCACCUAGUGUUUACAAUAUCAUCUAAAGAUCCAGCAAAUGUUCAGGUCGUCGUACAAAGUCAAGAAUGUCUAGAGAAACUACUGGAUGAAAUCAAUAUGGAUAAUUACAAGAAUUAUAUUGAAUUAUGUCUUCCAUCUUUUAUUAACGUUCUGGAUUCCAACAGUGUAAACAAUUAUAGAUAUUCGCCAUUGCUAUCGUUAGUUUUGGAGUUCAUUACAGUUUUCUUGAAGAAGAAGCCUAUUGAUGGAUUUUUACCGGAUGAAAUAACUCAAUACUUGUUUGAACCACUGGCAAAAGUAUUAGUAUAUUCUAGCGAAGAGGAAACCCUACAACUAGCAACGGAGUCAUUCAGCUACCUAAUUUUCAAUACGGAUACUCAGGUAAUGGAGCCGAGACUAAUGGAUAUCAUGAAGGUUUUAGAAAGGCUUUUGUCUCUCGAAGUAUCAGACUCGGCUGCUAUGAAUGUCGGGCCAUUAGUGGUUACUAUAUUCACAAAGUUUUCAAAAGAUAUCCAACCAUUGGUAGGAAGAAUCUUGGAAGCUGUUAUAGUAAGAUUGGUUAAGGCACAAAACAUUUCUACCCAACAAAACCUCCUCUCUGUGUUAUGCUUCUUAACAUGCAACGACUCUAGGCAAACAGUCGAAUUUUUGUCCAAUUUCCGCAUUGAUGAUAAAAAUGCUUUGUCAUUGGUCAUGCAAAAAUGGAUGGAGGCCUUUGAAGUCAUCAGAGGCGAAAAAAGGAUCAAAGAGAAUAUUGUUGCACUAAGUAAUCUUUUCUUCUUAGAUGACGCAAGAUUGCGGAAAGUGAUGGUCAAUGGCGACCUGAUACCAUACGAAAGCGACGUAAUCAUCACAAGGUCAAUGGCUAAGAGAAUGCCUGACAGGUACGUGCAAGUUCCGCUUUACACUAAAAUUAUUAAAUUGUUUGUUUCCGAACUAGGCUUUCAAAACAAACAACCCGAUCCAAAACAAUUGAUCACUAGUAACAUGCAGCACGAUGCGGCAAAUCUCAACAACGAUGAAGACAACGAUGAUUGGGAAGACGUGGAUGACGUAUUAGAUUACGAAAAGUUAAAGGAAUAUAUUAAUGAUGAUGUGGACGGAGAAGAUGAAGACGACUCUGAAGAUAUCACGGGACUCAUGGACGUGAAGGAGUCUGUUGUUCAGAUACUGGUAAGAUUUUUUAAAGAGGUAGCAACCAAGGACGUGAGUGGCUUCAAUCGUAUUUACGAAACUCUAUCUGAUAGCGAUCGUAAGGUUCUUUCAGAGGCUCUUUUAUAG